CAAUCAUAUCAGUAAGAAGAGAGGGCUCUGAUGGAUCUAACUAUAGUCCUGGUGCUUGGCCUCUCCUGUCUGCUUCUCCUCUCUCUCUGGAGACAGAAUCCUGGGAGAGGGACGCUCCCUCCUGGCCCUAUUCCUCUUCCAAUUAUUGGAAAUUUCCUACAGAUAGAUGUAAAGGAUAUCCGCCAAUCCUUAACCAAUUUCUCAAAAUUCUACGGCCCUGUGUUCACUCUCUAUUUGGGCCCACGGCCCACUGUGGUGUUGUAUGGCUAUGAAGCAGUGAAGGAAGCUCUGAUUGAUCAUGCAGAGGAUUUUGCUGCAAGAGGAAGUCUCCCAGUGGCUUCAAAAGCUAGGAAAGGCUUUGGAAUUAUCUUUAGUAAUGGGAACAGAUGGAAAGAGACAAGGCGUUUCACACUCAUGACACUACGGAACUUGGGGAUGGGGAAAAGGAACAUUGAGGAUCGUGUUCAAGAGGAAGCCCAGUGCCUUGUGGAGGAACUGAGGAAAACCAAUGGCUUGCCCUGUGAUCCCACCUACAUCCUGAGCUGUGCUCCUUGCAAUGUGAUCUGCUCCAUUGUUUUCCAGAAUCGCUUUGAUUAUAAUGAUCAGGAAUUUCUUCACUUGAUGGAAAAAUUCAAUGAUAAUAUCCGUAUUCUGAGCUCCCCAUGGAUACAGGUCUGUAAUAACUUCCCUGUUCUCAUUGACUAUUGUCCAGGAAGUCACAAAAGGGUUUUGAAAAAUAUGGAUUACACUAUAAAUUACCUUAUGAAGAAAAUAAAAGAACAUCAAGAAUCACUGGAUGUUACAAAUCCACGAGAUUUUGUUGAUUAUUACUUAAUUAAAAGAAGUCAGGAAAACCACACUCAAUCUUCAGAAUUUACACUUGAAAACUUGGCCAUCACUGUGAAUGAUUUAUUUGUUGCUGGGACAGAAACAACAAGCACAACCCUGAGAUACGCUCUCCUGCUCCUGCUGAAGUACCCACAUGUCACAGCUAAAGUGCAGGAAGAGAUUGAUCAAGUGAUUGGCAGACACCGGAGGCCCUGCAUGCAGGACAGAAGCAGCAUGCCCUACACAGAUGCCAUGGUGCAUGAAGUCCAGAGAUACAUUGACCUCAUUCCCACCAACCUGCCACAUGAAGUAACUUCUGACGUUAAAUUCAGGAACUACCUCAUUCCCAAGGGAACAACUGUGUUAACAUCCCUGUCAUCUGUACUGAAGGACAGCAAGGAGUUCUCCGACCCAGAGAAGUUUGACCCUGUCCACUUUCUAGAUGAGAAAGGAAACUUUAAGAAAAGUGACUACUUCAUGCCUUUUUCAGCAGGAAAAAGGAUUUGUGCAGGAGAAGGCCUGGCCCGCAUGGAGCUCUUUCUAUUCCUGACCACCAUUCUACAGAACUUUAAUAUGAAACCUCUGGUUGACCCAAAGGAUAUCGAUAUAACCCCAGUAACCAGUGGGCUUGCUUCACUGCCACCCACCUACCAGCUCUGCUUCAUCCCUUUCUAAAGGGUUGUCUUCUGCCAUCCCCUCCAGGUCACCCUCCACCUCCUUCAUGAUCAGUGACACUGUACUCGUCCUCCCCUCUCACACCUUCCCAUUCUCUCAAGUUACAGGGAUCAUCCAUCCUCUGUUUCACAGUUCCUUUAGUCAGCUCACAUGUGCAUCUGGAAAUCCCUAUUCUGUGAUACUGUUACUCUCCCUUCCUCUAAUACAUAUCUGAUUCUGAGUUAUUAGUAUGACUUCACUGAAAAACAGAGAAAUCAUCAGUAUAUAAUAAUUCAUAGUGAUUUUCUUCUGCAUUCAUUCAAUAACAAAUAUUUUUGAUUGGUAUGCCUUUGUAUGCUUGCUUACAAUUCAUGUAAGAAUUGAAAGAAAAGAGGGCCCCAAUAGAUUAUGCUGGUUCACAUAAUGAGAAGCAUGGAAUAUGGAAAGAGGUUGUGCUCAGGGGACUGUUUAGUCAAUAAGGGCUUGCACACAAUCGUGAGGACAUAAAUCUGAUCUGCAAAUCCAUGUAAAUGUCAGGAAUGGUAUCAUGUGGUUGUUCCAUGAAUCUGGAUGCUGAGACAGGAAUCUCAGGUGCUCAACACCCUGACAAGCCUAAUUAAUAGCCUCAGGUGACAGUGAGAUAUCCUACCUCUAAAACAGGCUUGCAGUUUCUGAAUAAAAAGACUCAAGGUUGAUCACUAUCCCUCAGGUAUACAUUCCCAGAUGUGUACACGGACCCCCACACACAUAUGCACCUGAUCAUCCACAGAAACCUGCAAACAAGCCCACCCAAACACACACUAAAGAGAGUGUGAAAGGGAAGUCGGGAAUCAAGUUCUUUUGGCUGUGCAUCGCCUUUACUCACACGAUGCAUUUGUAUGUGAAAUGCAAACAGUGUCUAAGAGCAGCUGGAUCCUGCAGAGAGGCACUGUGAGGACAAGCCAUGUGGAGGAUGAACAUUCAGGGUAGAGGUGAUGACCGGCUUUGGUGUUACUAUAAACAAAGGUAAAAAUUUAAAGUAUGUUCCUUCCACGUCAUUUUUUCUGAUGUUCUCUGAGCAUUGGGUCUAGAGGAUGCAUUGUAGACGUAUCACUUAGGGCUGCACAUCUCAGAGUCACUUAUUCUCUGCAUUUAUCCAGUUGUAGAACUUUGCAAUAGUUUCCAUCUGUUUCAAAAAGCAACUUCUUUUACAAGUAGUGAGAGGUAAACUUUUCUAUAAAUAGCAAGGUACAAAUUUAGAAAAUAGUAAGAAUAUACUUUGGUUUAAAGAAGUGACAGAAGUUGGUUCUUCUCUAGGGUCUAUGUCCUUGUAGCCAUGUGCACUUGACUAUGUUUACAGUACUACACAGGAUUUCCCUUCCAUUGAGAGGGCUUGAGUUCAAUUAGCUGUUGAUUACCCCUAAGACAAAUUUUCCACACAUGUAACAAUUGACUCUGUCAGUUGUGGUUCUUAGGCCUUACAGCUGGAUAGGAUCUUUGAUUGAGUUUCUCCCUUGGAAAUUUGCAUCCUGCCAAGAUACCUCCUUCUACUUCAUAUAUUCUAGACAUAAUAGGGUAACUACAACAAUGAAAUCUCCACUAAAUAUGCUCUAUCAAGUAUAUAUGUAAAUUUAGAAAUGUAUAUAUGUGUAUGUAACAAUAAUAAUUGAAGCAGACAAAAAUUGGGAGGGUGUGUGAGUGGGUGGAAAUAUAAGAUGAGUUAUAUGGAGACUUGGAGGGAUGAAAUAAUGCACAUACAAUACUCAUGUAUGAACUUGCAAAAAAUAAAAAAUAAAAUAUGCUUUAGACUUGA